CAUGUUCGUGCGCUGCGCGCCCUCCAGCCGCUACACGCUGCUCUUCUCGCACGGCAAUGCCGUGGACUUGGGCCAGAUGUGUAGCUUCUACAUCGGCCUGGGCUCGCGCAUCAACUGCAACAUCUUCUCCUAUGAUUACUCGGGCUACGGCGUGAGCUCCGGCAAGCCCUCUGAGAAGAACCUCUAUGCCGACAUCGACGCCGCAUGGCAAGCGCUGCGCACCCGGUAUGGCGUGAGUCCUGAGAACAUUAUCCUCUAUGGACAGAGCAUUGGGACUGUCCCCACUGUGGACCUGGCCUCGAGAUAUGAGUGUGCAGCGGUCAUCCUCCAUUCCCCACUGAUGUCUGGUUUGCGUGUUGCUUUUCCAGAUACCAGGAAAACAUACUGUUUUGAUGCUUUCCCCAGCAUUGACAAGAUAUCGAAAGUCACCUCUCCUGUAUUGGUCAUUCACGGUACUGAGGACGAGGUCAUCGAUUUCUCCCAUGGCCUGGCAAUGUAUGAGCGCUGUCCCCGUGCUGUGGAGCCGCUGUGGGUUGAGGGGGCUGGGCACAAUGACAUAGAGCUCUAUGCACAGUACCUAGAACGACUAAAACAAUUCAUAUCUCACGAGCUUCCCAACUCUUGAAGAUGGCGGCCAGCCUUACCUCAUUACUGUGAAGCGAGGAUCCUUGUUUGCACACACUUUGACUGGAUUAACAGUGAUGCCCAAUAACCACAGAGAGGGGCCCAGUCCUUGGGAUGUUCUCCUUAAAGAGCUAACAAAGUCUGUCUUUUGUACUUAAUCUCCACCUUCCAUUAGGCUGAGCAGCUGGAAUCUCAGCUGUAUGACCUUGCAGGAGUGGGAAUGAGAGCUGACCAUGGGGACUGUUUCCCAGCGUCAUAGACUAAAGCGUGAUCAAGUCUGUCUCCCUUGCUGUCACCUCUGAUUCCCCAACUGGUGCAGGAUCACCCUCUCACCCAUGUGCCAGUGUUUGAUCUGCAGCACUCUCAGCUCUGGUGCCAUGGGUGAGAUCCAUUUGUGAAGCUAUGUUAGUGUAACUGGAAAACUGUUGUGAGAAAUCCUCCAUAAACUUGUGUUAACAUGCCAGUCUUUCCCACACACAUGAAAUAAAGAGUAGUUUACUGGAACUAUCACCAACAGCUUCAUCAACUGUAAUCAUAUAAAUACAACUGGAAUAUUCUUAAACAACAGGAAACUGGGGUUUUUUUAAGUGUAAAUUUAUUACUAGCCAAGAGUUUUAAUAUUUUGAUUGUCUGGUUGGUCUAAUAAAGCCUGGCCGACUUUCCUUCUGUAAAGUCCUCCUUGUCGGCUUUUUUAAAGUCCUGUACAUAUUUGCAAUGACAUUGUGCACAGAUUCUUAAUGGGUAGUUUUCUUUUGUCAGGCUACAACAAUGAACUGCAGAUUCCUUGUUUGUAUUGUAAAUGAUUGAAUACAUUUUGUUAAUAUGUUUUUAUUCCUAUGUUUUGCUAUUAAAAUUUUUAUAACAUUUCCAAGACAAAAAUUUCAAGUUUCUGCUUUGAAGACUUUAGGUAAUUAAAAUUACCCUAAGCUGAUUUCUUAGUUUAGGAGUUAUUUGGGUUUUGACACUGGAGUUGUGCCAGGUGAACAUCAGAAAUGAGAUGCUUAAAAUUGCUACACUACUUGUAUUGGUUGGGGGAUUGGGUUUGGGGUUGUUUGGUCUUAUUUUAGUUUUUUUUUUUUUUUUUUCAAAUUUAAAAGCCUUAAAUGUACUGUAAGCCUCAGAUCGUUGUACAACUGGAUUGCGUUGGUUGCCAGUUUGUGUGCUGUUGCCUGAAUGCGGCACGGUGGUUGGUAAUGGAAUAAAGGACGCAUGGAUCAGAACA